AUGGAUCCAAGAGAUUUACUGGAAAACCUCAAGGCAGAUCUGACUUGCUCUAUCUGCCUGGGCUACUUCACAGACCCAGUGACUGUCAGUUGUGGCCAUAGCUUUUGCACAGUCUGCCUUCUGAGGUGCAGGGGAGAAGCAGAGUCAACAUUCCACUGCCCAGAAUGCAGAGGAAUCAUCGAAGAAGAUGAUGUGUUGCCUAAUAGGAAUUUGCAGACUAUGUCUGUCACUGGCAAAAGGCUCAGACCUCAUCUGCUUCAGAGCAUUGUGGACCUGUCUGUGUGUCAUAAACAUGGGGAGAAAGAGAAGCUCUUCUGUGAAGAAGACCAGAGACUUCUCUGUGGUUCCUGUUCAUUAUCCCCAGGGCACAAGGACCACAGAGUCCUUCCCCUGCAAAUGGCUGCUGACAAGUGCAGGGACAAGAUCAAGCACACCCUGAAUAACUUACAACGAAAAAAAGAAGAAUUUAAUGUUGCCUUGGACAGAGCGGCCAGGAGAGAGGCACUCUGUGACAAGGCUAUACACUCUUUGAAACAAUCUUUUAUUUCAGAAUACAGGAAAGUACAUGAAUUCUUAUGGGAGGAAGAAGAGCUCUAUCUACAAAGACUAGACCAGCAAUACACAGACAUCUUGGCAAAACUGGAGCUCAACAAGACCAAACUGUCUCAACAGAUUGAAAAUCUGGAAAGAAUGCAAUUAGAAGUAGAGGACAAUUUGGAGAAGGGGCCCUUGGAAAUGCUCCAAGAUGUGAAAGGCACUUUGGAAAGGCAUGAGGAGCUGCUACUUCAAGAACCAGAGGUUAUUUCCCUUGCCUGGGCCACCAGCCCCAUCACUGGCUUGAGAGAGAUGCUCAUGAGAUUCCAGAGUGACAUCAGUCUUGAUCCUGAAUCAGCCCAUCCACAUCUCAUCCUGUCUGAAGAUCUGAAGAGUGUCAAGUAUGGAGAUGUCCCACGGGACCUGCCUGACAACCAGCAAAGGUUCGAUAGUGCUCCUGCUGUACUGGGGGACCAGACCUUCACUUCAGGCAAACACUAUUGGGAGGUGAAAGUAGGAAAUAAAACAGCUUGGGAAGUGGGAAUCUGUAAAGAUCCGGUCAGGAGAAAGGGACAAGUCUCCUCAUUAUCUAAGGAUGCAUGGACCCUCGUCAGUCUGGGAUCUCGAUAUCAUUGCUUCCUCUGGAAUUGUAAAUAUGGCAUCCAUAGGAGCGAGCCUAUAGACAAAGUAGGCAUUUUCCUCGAUUAUGAUAAAAGACAUAUAGCAUUUUAUGAUGCCAUAGACGGAUCCUUAAUUUCUAGUUUCUCAGACAUGGUCUUUGAAGGGCCUCUUCGCCCUUACUUUUCUCCUUGCUGUCCUAAUGGAGAAAGUACUCAAGGGUCAAUUAUGCUAAUUGAUGUGGGAGAUUCUCACUGA